AUGCCUCAGCCCUCCUUCGUCUUUCGACUCAGCGAGAUAUGCGACCUCCAUCCUACUGUAGACCUUAACAACCACUGGGCGCCUUCCUAUGGACUGGGCAGCAACGCUAUACUCCCUGGUGGAGCUUCUAGCACCUGGUGGCUAUGCAAUGGCCGUCAAAUACGACCCCGGACCGACGCCAAUCUACCUGGCGGACUUAAGCACUACAGCACUUUCUCGAUAUACUUCAGCGAUGGAAGAGGUUUCUUGGUCAUGAGGGGCGACGCGACUUCCGCGACCGACGAAACUUGGUUUCCACUUUGCUUCGAGCAUGACCAGCUCGACGGCUGGUCCUCGUACCUGACCAACGCGAGAGAGCAACCUGCACUUCUCUGUCGACGCGAAGAUCAGGCUUGGGUCAAAAUGCUCUUGCCUGACAUUUACCACGGCGGUCCCCCCACGACUGGGGAUCAGGCAUACGGGGCGCUGAAAGGAGAGCUGGCAAUCUUUCUCGCGCUCAUCGCCUUCGCCAUCCCCAGGGACCAGGUCCAAAUCUAUCUCCCAGCGAUGCUGCAGAAUGGAACGUGGCAACAGUACAACAUGGUCAACGGCCGAGUACACGGGCGCGGCGUCAUGGUCGAAGUCUUCACGUACUCGCGCGCCGGCGGCUCGCCCUCGCGAGAUCUGCGCCAGUACGAGAAUGGCCGCACCGGGAAAUACUACACCUGA